AGUAAAUGUUAAUCAAUGAAUGUUGUUUACGUUUUUGCCUUUUUAAUGAUAGUCACACCAACUCCUGCAGUCUCAUAAGAAGCAGGUCUAAUCAGCAGUGUUUUACAUUGAAAUACGUACUGCGCGUGAUCUUUGCACUAUUUCAAACCAAACAACGAUCAUGGCUGGAGCCUUCACAAUGAUUGUGGCAAUCGCAGUGCUCAGUAGUAGAGAGAGUUCAGCAAUUCCCAUAUUCCACGGAUAUUACCUUUCGGCUCUUCAGGAAGGAUGUCACUCAAAAACCAACGAAAGCACAAUAAGACCAAGCGGAGUCGCUCAAUUCCGCAGCUGCAUCGCCAAGCAUCUUGACCUGCAGGAAACGCAACGGGAGUACGCCCAGCUGAACGAUUUCAGCCGGAUUCAGUUCUUCGACAAGUACUGUCCCCAGAUCAACAGCUCGCUGGAGUGCUUCGGUCCGAUGAUGGAGGAUUUGCGCCGUUGCCGGGACCCGGAAGAUAUGAAGCUGUACGAAGUUGUGGCCGAAACGCUGCCAAAAGCCGUGUCCUGGAUCUGUCUAAAUCAUGGGGAAGUGUUUGCUAAAUUGAAGGAUCCUCGAACCCAAAUGUGCUUGGACAGCUUGGAAUCCAAAGCAGAAGUCAAAUGUGGCCGUGGAAUGUCCAGCGUAUUUAAGCCUCGACGGCGUCGGAUAUCCCAGUACGAGGAGGUAGAGUGCAGAGGAUUCAUCGAAACGCACAACUGUAUAGUCGAGAAGUAUAUUUCCUGCGGAGUUGCUGAAGCAAAAGAGUUGCUCGAUCUUUUCUACAAGCCAAUUAUGGAGGCGAGUUCGUGUGAAAAUACAGUUAUAUAACUUCAAAUUUAAUAUCCUAAGUAUUAUUGUGCUCACAGUACAGUUAUUCCCGUUCUAUAGAACUGAA